UUUUGGGCGGUGGCGCGGCGACCAGAUGAGCAAGUUUCCCGUGCCAGAGAAUUUCUUCUACUGCCCACCGCUGAAUGAAGAAGAUCGAGCAAAAUUCAUCGCGCAGGGAGAAAGCUCCCUCAUUGACCUCGUGCGCAGUUCCAAGUUGCAGGACGGUAUGAUCAAGUGGACGAUGGACUCGGACGAGAACGGGAUUCAAAUCUUCUUUGGAGAGGACCCGCAAGGGUCGUCCGAUAUCACACUUCUUGCGGGGGUGACAGAAGUGUAUGCAAAUUUCGACGAGAUCGCGGCGCUCUUUCGCCAAGAAACCAAGGAAGCGUACGCCGACUACACGAAGAAGUUUGCCAAGGAUUUGAUCGACUCGUCGCACUUGUACACGAUUUCCACGGCGACGCCGGAACGGCCGCGCCAUUACAUCGGCAUUCGGUGGAUUGUCCUUGGCAGUCCUUACCCUCUCGUGGCGAACCGCGACUGGUGCUACCUCGAGUGUCAAGACGACUUUGAAAUGAACGGAAGGCGAGGGUGGGGUCGGUCGAUGACGUCCAUCAACCUUCCGUGCUGUCCAGACUUCCAGGGUCACUUGGGCACAAUUCGAGCAACGUUUGUCCGGUCGGGUUUCAUCGUGUUCGAGUCCCAGCGACCGGGGUACCUCCAGGUGAUUCACAUGUUGCAAACCGAUUUCAAAGGCAACGUCCCCAAGUGGGUCGUCAAGAUUGGGAUGAAGAAGCGCGCGCGCACGAUCGGCGACUUUGACAAGUACUUGCGCGAGAAGCGACUGAGCGCGCAGCCGUUCUUGCGCGAGCACGAGUUGGUGCCCAAGGCGGCGCGGUCCAAGUGCUUUUUGUGUCAAGCCAAAUUUGGCGCGUUCUCGACCAAGGUUCGGUGUCGCAAGUGCGGUGAAGUCGUGUGCGGCAAGUGCAAUCGGUACUGGGAAGUCAAGACGACCAAGGGCCGCAAGAUGAUUCGAGUGUGCUCGGCGUGCUCGAUCUCGGGCGGAAACUUGCACGACCGGAGGGACGGGACUGCGAGCGCCGCGACUUCGCGACAGACGGCGUCGGAUGGCACGGACGAUCGAUCUGAAUCGAGCCAGCAUGAAUCCACGCAGCAUGACGAAACAAUCUCGCUGUCCGGCAGCCAAGGGCCCGACCCACACUACUAUCCGUCCCAUCAGGUGGACCGCCGGCAACCGCACCGAAGCGGUGGAUACCACGGCAACAAUGGACACAACCAAGGCCGGCCGAUGCCGUCGCCAUGGCACGUCCAACGCGGCAACAAAUAUCCUUCGCAACGCGGCAGCUUGCAGCGCGACGACCUCGAUGGAGACUAUACGUGCCACGAGCCACGGCCGUCCUCGCCACAGCCGCCGUUCCCAUCCAACAUCGCGCCCCUUCGUCUGCCCAAAGACGGCGACAAGUCGAACGGUUCGGGAAAUCAGCCGCUCUCCAACAACAACAACGAGCCGUCGAUGCAGCGAGUGGACUCGCAAGCGAGCUACGGCAGCGUCCCGCCGCCGCCCACCACAACCAACGCGCGCGACACGUACAUCAUGGAAGCAUCGGACGACGAUGCCCAGUUCGACUCGUUUGUGGAUGCACGUGGGCCGCCUCCCCACGUGUUGCAGCAGCGCAGCCAUGGCACGGAUGCCCGCCAGCAUGGCGAAAGAUCCGCCGCGCACUAUCCCCGCAACAGCCGUGGCGGCGACGAUGACGAUGACGACCACCAUUACUUUACGCGUGAAAGCGAGGACGAUAACGACGCGAUGAGCGCGUACUCGGAGUAUUCGCAUGCCGGCCCUCCCCACGUGGUAUACCCGCCGCGGAACCCGCCGCCGCCUCUGGCGCCGCAUCGAUCGCCAAAGCCCAGAGACAUUCAAGAAAUUGACCCGUAUGCAGCCAAACCGCUCCACGGUCCGAUGCCGCAGAUACGACGCGGUGGGCCGCCUCCUGGUCGACCCAGCGGUCCGUGGCCGCCUGCGCACAUGACCAACCCACCACGAUAUGGACAGAGCGGGUACCCGAUGCACCCACAUGCGGCAUGGCAAGCGCCACCCCUUCGUCGCGGCGGGUACGACGAGCCCGUAGGAACCCCGCGCGACAAUGGGACCACGUCGCAGCAGCGCGAAGGCUUUCUCGACGGAGUGAGUGCCGCCGCCGACGACUUGCCACCCCGCCGUGGUCGGUACCCUGCCCACGAGCCCGUUCCAAACGAGUACGGCGCACCGCCGCCUCCCCGUGGCGCCGACUCCCGACGAAACAAUUUCCCGUACGCGCGGGAUGUCUACGAUCCCCCACGGGCUCGAGGCUUUCGCGACUACCCCGUCGAUCUCCGCGACGCCGUCAUGGCCGAUCCUCGACCGUAUGAAAACGUCCCGAUGCACCAAAGGCGGGACUUUCCAUUUGGAAGGGACGGCCCAGUGGACGACGCCGCCGACGGGGAAUACCCCCGCGCAGGUCCGUUCGACCCUCGGUAUGCCCAGCGAGACCCACGUCAGUACCCGCGGGAGUAUGCUCGGGACCCGCGCGAGUACCCCCGGGACCUUCGCGAGUACGGUCGAGUGUUUCGAGAGUACCCCACCGACCCCAGUGGAUACAGUCGGGACCCGCGCGAUUACGCGCCAUCGCGAGAUGUCUACCCUGACCACGACCGUCGCUACAACCCGCGCCGAUACCAAGACUCGCCGCGGCAGGUCGAGCAGGUCGUCCCCCCCACCGUCCACGACCCGCCGCCGUCCGUGCACAAUUCGGCCGAUUCGGCCAAGGACGACUCGUCCAGCCUCAAGUCGGAAUCGAUUCAGGACGAAGUGCUGCGCGCGAUGAAGGCGCUCAACGGCGACGAAACCCCGGAUCCCCAGCAGUUGCUCGUGUUGUACAAGCAGCUCCAGCAACUGAAUUUGGACGGAUCGGCGGCGGCCACGGCGCCGUCGUCGGCAUCGUAACCCGUGGGUGUGUCGACGGUUUCCGUGCAUUUUUUUUGGGCAAUGGCGUUGUGACAAUACAAAUUCGAGUAUAUUUUUUUU